AUGCACCUCGUCACCGUCGCGACGUGUCAGCUGCGCCAGUGGGCGCUCGACUUUGACGGCAACUGCCAGCGAAUCCUCGCGUCAAUCGGGAUUGCCAAGGAGCGCGGUGCGACCCUUCGCGUCGGCCCCGAACUCGAGAUUCCAGGCUACGGAUGUCUAGACCACUUCCUUGAGGGCGAUACUGAGCAGCACUCGUGGGAGGUGCUCGCCACCAUCCUGCAGAGCGAGGAGGCCAAGGACAUUGUGUGCGACAUUGGCAUGCCAAUCAUCCACAAGAGCACCAACUACAACUGUCGGGUCGUUAUUGCGAAUGGCAAGAUUGUGCUCAUUCGUCCCAAGAUGUGGAUGGCCAACGAUGGCAACUACCGUGAACUGCGCCACUUUACGCCGUGGGGCAAGCCGCGGCAGACAGAGGACUACUAUCUUCCCGACUUCAUCCAGACCAUUACGGGGCAGGAGUGCGUCCCCUUCGGCGAUGCCACGAUCAAGACGGCCGACCGGCUGACCAUCGGCGUUGAGCUGUGCGAGGAGCUGUUCACGCCCAACUCGCCGCAUAUCGGGAUGGCGCUUGACGGUGUCGAGAUCAUCACCAACAGUAGUGGGAGCCACCACGAGCUGCGCAAGCUCAACCGCCGCGUCGAACUGAUCAAGGAGGCCACGAUGAAGUCGGGCGGCCUGUACCUCUACGCCAACCAGCAGGGUUGUGACGGCGACCGACUGUAUUAUGAUGGGUCGUGCAUGAUCGUCCUUAAUGGCAAGAUCCUCGCUCGUGGAUCGCAGUUCUCCCUCAACGAGGUCGAGGUCGUCACUGCCACCAUCGAUAUUGGGGCGGUUCACGCCCACCGUACCGCCAGUAGCCGGCGGAUGCAGGCAGCCGCGAGCGAGAGCUAUCCCCGUUUUAGAGCGGACGUGCGCCUCGACGGCGGGAUGGGUAUGCGCCCAGGCGUGGUUGAGACCAAGGCCUCUGAGCCCGACAUGGUGUACCACACCCCCGAGGAGGAGAUUGCCCUUGGCCCAGCCUGUUGGCUGUGGGACUAUCUCCGCCGCUCACGCACACAGGGAUACUUCCUCCCCCUAAGCGGUGGGAUUGACAGCUGCGCAACGGCUACCAUCGUGCACUCGAUGUGUCGCCUCGUCGCCAAGGCUGCGACCGGGGGCAACCAGCAGGUGAUUGCUGACGCGCGCCGCAUGACUGGCGAGCCCGACGACAGCUCGUAUCUCCCUGUCGACCCGCGCGAGUUCGCCAGCCGCAUCUUCCACACUUGCUACAUGGGGACGGAGAACUCGUCUGCCGAAACCCGCAAGCGCGCAAAAGACCUCGCAGAGGCGAUCGGCGCAUACCACGUCGACCUGAACAUGGACACGGCCGUGUCGGCCGUCAGGGGCAUCUUCACUCUGAUUACCGGCAAGUCUCCCCGUUUUGCAGUACAUGGUGGCUCGAAUGCCGAGAAUUUGGCACUGCAGAACAUCCAGGCGCGCCUGCGCAUGGUCGUGGGAUACCUCUUUGCCCAGCUCCUUCCCUGGGCUCGGGGGCGGCAGGGUGGUCUCCUCGUCCUGGGUUCCGCCAACGUCGACGAAUCUCUCCGCGGCUAUCUGACGAAAUACGACUGCUCGAGCGCAGACGUCAACCCGAUCGGAGGAAUCUCCAAGACGGACCUGAAGCGGUUCAUCGCGUACGCCGAGACGCAAUUCGAGAUGCCCAUCCUCCGCUCGUUCCUCGACGCCAUCCCCAGCGCCGAACUCAUACCUAUUGGAGAGGACAAUGCCGUCCAAUCCGACGAGGUCGAGAUGGGCAUGACCUACGAUGAACUGAGUGUGUUUGGGCGUCUGCGCAAGGUCGAGAAAUGCGGUCCCUUCAGCAUGUACGGCAAGCUCGUACAGGAGUGGGGCAAUGCUCUUGCGCCAAGCGAGAUUGCGCGCAAGGUCAAGCAUUUCUGGUUCAUGCACGCCAUUAAUCGACACAAGAUGACUACUCUUACGCCAAGCGUGCAUAUGGAGAGUUAUAGCCCAGACGAUAACCGCUUCGACCUGCGCCCUUUCCUUUACCCCAGCCGCUUUGACCACCAGUUCUCCAAGAUUGACGCGCUUGCCGCCGCACUCCCCGACAUGUCGACGCAGGCGGGGCCCGACAAGGCCAAGGUUGAUUAG